AUGCUGGCAUCUUCCCUGCUACAGCCGUUCCUCCAGUCGUUCGGCCUCGGGAUGAUGGACCGGGGCGACCGCGUCUACAGCGUCGUCGGCCUGGCCGUCGAUGUCGACCCCGGUGCCAUAAGGGUUUCAAUGAAGGUCACGGCCCCUCUGAUGUUCACCAUUCGCAAAUUCGUCCGAAGAAUGUACGAGAUCAAUGACGUUCUCAGCUCGGAGAUCAGAGGCAAGGUCCAGGCCAUUUCGAUCAAUAUGGACACUUAUCUUCAGCCAACUUAG